AUGCGAGGUACAAUUAGUCCUGAAUCUUUGUUGUUUGAUCUAGAAAUCGAAAGAACUUGUCGAUCUAAUCGUGCACAACAGAGGAAGAAGAAGGGCCAAGCCAAAGCUACCGCUGCAAUGGAGGAAGCACAAGCUGAAGCAAGAAAUCGAGCUGCGUAUGAAGCGAGAGUAGAAGCUGAAGUUGAAGCUCGGAUUCUUCGCCAGAAAGAAGAAGAAGCUGAACGUGAUGCUCAGAGACCAUUGAGGGAAAUCACUGCCCCUCGUAUGAGCUAUACAUAUGAGGGCAGCGUUGUCCUUCCAGCAGACAUACCAGACAACUUUCAGAUUCCACAUCAUUAUAUUCAGUUGGUAAGCCAGCAUCAGUUUGGAGGUAAAGCUAUUGAGGAUGCGCAUGCUCACAUGGACAGAUUCACCAGACAUUGUGAGUCUCUAAAAAGGCGUGAAGUCUGCUUGGAUACAGUCCGGAUGAUUCUUUUUCACUACACUUUGAAGGAUGUUGCAGAAGAUUGGUUGAGGUCACAACCCCCUAACAGCAUUCGAACAUGGGAGGACUUGGUGGGAAAAUUUAUCGCCAAAUUCUUUCCAUCCACACGCAUCAGAAAGGCGAAGCAGGAAAUUUAUGCAUUUAAACAGAGCAAAUCUGAAAAUUUGUAUGAGGCUUGGGAGCGGUUCCAAGAACUUCUGAGGAAGUGUCCCGGUCAUAAUAUUUCUACUGGUGAACAAGUGGACAAAUUCUACUCAUCAUUGCGUGAGUACGCAAGAGGUAUGUUGGACGCAGCAGCUAAUAGUGCAUUUGAUUCAUUGCCUGCACACAAAGCUCUUGAGAUCAUCGACAAUUUGGCCACUAGAUCUUCACAGUCAGAUUAUGAUAGGGAGAACCGGGAAAGUGUGCAUGAAGUUGGAACAAAUGUUGAUGUUCUCACCUCCAACAGGAAGUUGUCACAAAAGAUGGAUUCCAUAGUACAACGUUUGGACGGUCGGAAACCAAGUGUUGAAGAUGCUGAUUUUGACGAGGAAGUGAAGGCAAUGGGUAAUCCUCAAAACAACCCUUACUCAAAUACCUACAAUCCGGGUUGGAGGAAUCACCCUAACUUCUCAUGGAGAGAUCAAGCCAAGUCUGGAAAUUUGAGGCAGUACUCAAAUCAAAGGGGUUAUAGUCAAGAUCAAAAACCUCUGUCCUCUCAAGAGCAAGGAAGUGGAAAGAAGAGCUUGGAAGAGAUUGUGGGAGAACUGGCACAAGCUACUAGCAAGCUUCAAGUGUCGACAGAUAGCUUCAUCAAUGAAUCAGGAAAUAACUUUAAGAAUCAGGAGGCUUCGAUCAAAAAUUUGGAGAAUCAGGUCGGUCAAAUUUCCAAACAAUUAUCUGAGAGACCUCCAGGUAUGUUUCCUAGUAACACUGUGCCUAAUCCUAGGGAGAAUAUUUCUGCUGUUACACUAAGAAGUGGAAAAGUUAUGCAUGAAAUUGAAAAGAAAAAAAAUAAUGAAAAGAAUAAGAGUGAGACUGGGAAUAAAAGUGAAUCUGAAGUGAUAAGUAAGGAAAAAGAACAGAGUGAAGAUAGGAUAGUGAAAGAGAGAAAAGUAGAUUUAGAAAGUAAUAAGUUUACAAAAGUUCAUUUUCCCCCUUUCCCCACUAACAUAGCAAAGAGGAGGUUGGAGAAGCAUUUCUCCAAGUUCGUUUCUAUGUUUAAAAAGUUGCGUGUAGACCUCCCAUUCUCUGAAGUUUUAGGAAAGAUGCCUCAAUAUGUCAAGUUCAUGAAGGAGAUAAUUUCUAAGAAAAGGAAGUUGAGUGAAGAGAAUGACAUCGUUGAGCUUACUGAGGAGUGUAGCGCUAUUCUGCAAAAGAAGCUUCCACCUAAACGAAGGGACCCAGGUAGUUUCACUCUACCUGUUAAUUUUGUGGCUUCAAAGGAAGUGAGAGUUUUAUGUUAUUUGGGGGCGAGCGUCAACUUAAUGCCUCUAUCAAUGUUCGAGCGACUUAAUGUUGGAGAGCUGAAGCCAACAAUGAUGAUGCUUCAACUAGCAGACCGCUCCAUGGUGUCUCCUUGGGGAGUUGUUGAAGAUGUGCUAGUGAGAGUAGGAGAGUUUGAGUUCCCGGUGGAUUUUGUGAUAAUUGAUAUAAACGAGGACUCUAAAAUACCAUUGAUUCUGGGAAGACCAUUCCUAGCCACUUCACAAGCGAAAAUAAAUGUGGGAAAAGGAACAAUAUGUUUAAGGGUAGCUGAUGAGAAAAUCACUUUCACCAUAUUUGACCUAAAGCCAAAGCAAAUUGAGAAGAAUGAUGCAUUCUUGGUAGAGAUGAUGGACGAGUGGAGUGAUGAGAAGUUGAAGCAGUUCUUCCUUAAACAAAAAGCGGGAGCAUCAAAUAAGAAGAAAAAGAAAAACACGCAGAGCGACCAAACUGAGAAAGUCUACUCAAUGAGCAUGGUUGUCAACUCAGAGCAGAAGGAGGAGAACCUAGGAAAUCAAGCUUAA